CCGCACUCACGGCUCACGCGAGCGGAGAAAUCAAAACACUCCAACCAUCCACACUGAGAAACGACCGAGAAAUCCUCGCUACUCAACGGACGAAUGUUCAGCACUGAGCCCUCGCGGUGUUUGUCUCUCCGUGGACGCGAAAGAAGCGAGACGAAUAACGUUAAAUACGCCAGAGUUUGUGCGUUUCGCGGAGCGUUGUGAUAUUUCACUCAAGAAGUUUUAAAAACAAGUUUGGACCGGAUUCUUUUAGGAGUUGGACGCUGUUAAGAUCGCAUCCCGUCUGCUGCUCGAGCGCAUGUGAGGAGCUAUCUGCUCAAGACUACAAAACAUGGAUUUAUUGCCUCAUUUAGCCAUAAAACUUUGAUAAACUGCGCGAGAUUGCGUGUAGCAGCUGUUUUGCAGCCUUUCCCAGCAUUUCUUGUUAAGGAAAAUAUCUAUUGUUGUCCAGAGAGAAACAUUUUUUUUGCUGUGACAGGACGCAUUUGCAGAGCCAAAUAUGUCAGUUCAUGAUGAAGAAGAGGAAACUCAACUGAUUCUCUAAGGAGAAAACGCGUCUAAAUCACAUUUUAGCGUCGUUAUUUUCUUUAUGUUCUGCAAUAAUGUGUCUUAACAAUUUUAUUAUUUCGUAAUUGCUCCAUUCUGGACACACCGAACGGUUAGUUCUCAAACGAGGUGGGUUUAUUUCCAUAAAAAGUUUAAUAAGCGUGUAUAUAAUUGGGGAAGUCAUUCCCACACAACCGACCUUAGGCAGUUUAGUGCCCUUUGGACCGCGGAGAGGAACUGGCAUCAUUUCUUGUCAGUUUUAUCUUGGCACUUCUUUCGUUUGCGUGCGCUGGACUGCUCGUUUUCUUUAUUCUUGCCCCUGUUUUGCUUCGUUCUUGCCAGUAUGGAGGAGUGGAGGCAGUGCGGGCGCUGGCUGAUAGACUGUAAGGUUUUGCCCCCGAACCACCGGGUCGUUUGGCCCUCGGCGGUGGUUUUUGACCUGGCCCAGGCGCUCAGAGAUGGGGUGCUCCUGUGCCAGAUGCUGCACAAUCUGUCUCCCGGAUCCGUGGACCUAAAACAGAUCAACUUCCGCCCUCAGAUGUCACAGUUUCUGUGUCUGAAGAACAUACGGACAUUCCUGAAAGUGUGCCAUGAUAAGUUUGGCUUGAGGAACAGCGAGCUGUUUGAUCCCUUCGAUCUCUUUGACGUGAGGGACUUUGGGAAGGUGAUCUCUGCGCUGUCCAGAAUCUCCCACAACAGCAUCGCACAGAUCAAAGGCAUCAGGCCUUUUCCAUCUGAGGACACUGCACUGAAUGAAGAUGAUGUGUACCGUAGCUUGGAGGAGCUGGCAGAUGAGCAUGAUGUGGGAGAGGACGACAUCUAUGACUGCGUCCCCUGCGAGGAUGAUGGGGACGACAUCUAUGAGGACAUCAUCAAGGUGGAGGUUAGACAGCCUAUGAAAAUGGGCAUGACUGAAGAUGAUAAGAGGAACUGCUGCUUGGUGGAGAUUCAGGAGACCGAGGCAAAAUACUACAAGACACUGGAGGACAUUGAGAAGAAUUACAUGAUCCCCUUGAAUCAAGUGUUAACACCACAGGAGAUGGAGGCUAUAUUUGUAAAUUUAGAGGACAUCAUCAGAGUCCAUUUUGCUCUGCUGAGGGCCAUUGACCUGACCAUGGUGAGUGGGGGCAAUGGCCUGGGGAAGAUCUUUCUGGAUUUCAAGGAGAGACUGCUGAUUUACGGCCAGUACUGCAGCCAUAUGGAAAACGCUCAGAAGACACUGGAUGAGCUGAUUGCCACACGGGAAGAUGUCAAGUGUAAAGUGGAGGAGUGUACCAUGAAGGUCCAAGAGGGGAAGUUCAAGCUGCAGGAUCUCCUGGUGGUCCCCAUGCAGAGGGUCCUUAAAUACCACCUUCUGCUAAAGGAGUUAGUGAGUCACUCUAUGGACCGACCGGAGAGGCAACAGCUUAAAGAAGCACUAGAAGCCAUGCAGGACCUGGCCAUGUAUAUCAAUGAGGUGAAGAGAGACAAUGAAACCCUGAAGAAAAUAAGUGAAUUUCAGAGCUCUAUAGAAAAUCUACAGGUGAAGUUAGAGGAGUACGGUAGGCCAAAGAUAGACGGAGAGCUCAAAGUGUGCUCUAUAGUAAACCGGACCAAACAAGACAGAUAUAUCUUCCUGUUUGAUAAAGUUGUGAUUGUUUGCAAGAGGAAAGGUUAUAACUAUGAGUUAAAAGAGGUUAUCGAACUUCACUUCUACAAGAUGUCUGAUGACCCCAUGAAUAACCGCGACAUGAAGAAGUCGAGUGGAAAAAUGUGGUCGUACGGCUUCUACCUGAUCCAUCUGCAGGGGAAACAGGGCUUCCAGUUCUUCUGCAAGACAGAAGACACCAAACGCAAAUGGAUGGAGCAGUUUGAGAUGGCCAUGUCAAACAUUAAACCCGAACGAGCCACUGCCAACCAGCACAACUUCCAAAUGCACACGUUUGAGAAGAACACCAACUGCAGAGCCUGUAAAAUGCUGCUGAGGGGUAUUUUCUACCAGGGAUACUACUGUUCUCGCUGUGGGACAGGAGCACAUAAGGAGUGUCUGGAGAUCAUUACCAUCUGCAAAAUAAGUCCCCAUGAUUCGGAGCCGGGGCUUCCUCAAUCAGGUCCAAAAAUGGUGGCCAUCAGAAAUUACCAUGGUACCCCCACCCCGCCUGGCAAGAUACCACUCUGCUUCCAGACAGGAGAAGUCAUUGAGCUGCUGAAGGGAGACCCAGACACAUCAUGGUGGGAGGGUAAGCUCAUUCAAACCCAAAAGACUGGCUACUUUCCCAGUUCCAGUGUGAAACCAUGUCUAGAUCCUAAGCCUUUCCAGGCAUUUUCCAGUCGCCAGUCCUCCAGGGAGACGGAUUACUACGUUUAUCCCUGGUUUGCAGGAAACAUGGAGCGGCAGCAGGCCGACAACCUGCUCAAGUCUCACAGCAGCGGUACCUAUCUGAUCCGAGAGAGAACAGCAGAGGCGGAGAGAUUUGCAAUCAGCAUUAAGUUUAAUGAUGAAGUGAAGCACAUUAAAGUUAUUGAGAAAGACAACUGGAUUCACAUCACAGAGGCCAAGAAGUUUGAAAGCCUCUUGGAGCUUGUGGAGUAUUAUCAGAGUCAUUCACUGAAAGAGAGUUUUAAGCUGUUGGACACAACAUUACGAUACCCUUAUAAAUCCCGGGACCGCUCAAGCUCUCGCACCAAUACCCGCUCACCAGCAGCCACCUGUGCUUCCUACAACUUCUCCUUCCUUAGUCCUCAGGGCCUCAAUUUCUCCUCUCAAAGCUCUGCUCCCUUCUGGUCAGUAUUCACACCCAGGGUAGUCAGCACAGCUGUGGCGCGAUACAACUUUGCUGCUCGAGACAUGAGAGAGCUGUCUCUGCGAGAAGGAGACAUCGUCAAGAUCUACAGCAAGAUUGGUGGAGACCAAGGCUGGUGGAAAGGAGAAGCCAACGGCAGGAUUGGAUGGUUUCCCUCCACAUAUGUUGACGAGGAGGGUGUGCAGUGAAACUCUGGGCUUACAGAUUGUCCAAUCAGAUCACGUUCUGAUCCGCAGCCCUCUGAGAGGACUCUUUGCUUCCCAUGGCAACACCUCAUGGAAGGCUUUUUGCUGGAAUCAUAUUUUACAAUGAUUUUUUUGUACCUCUGUCUCAUUUCGUCAUGUACGAAUAUGCUUUCCCCCCUCCCUUUCUCGGAAUGUCUGUGUGAUCUCUGUGAAGAAACCUGCUCAGAGUCUGUUCGUUCUCAGCAUCGUCCGAAGAAUCUGUGAACCAAGCAGAACUUUGCCUUGAAGUAGCCAAAGGUCAAGCAUGGCUUUAAGUUUGUACAGUAAUACCUGUGAUGUGCACUGCUGGCCACAGUGGUAUAAUUGGGGGGUGGGAUGAAUAAAUAUAUAUAUAAAAAUAUAAAUAUAAUUUAUUAAAGAGAUAUAUCUAUGAUUAUAAUGCAGCGUUGGACAUUGGUCCAAUGGCAGCUGUGCAAAGAAUAUAUGAGAGCAGAAAAGAUGCACUUUGCAUUUCUUUACAGAGAGAUUUUGCCUUAGUAAAUGGUAAUGCCUUUAGAGAUGGAGGUAAAGAGAUGGAUUCAGACUCAUCUUGCACAUAUACACUCGUACAUCCGCCCUGUCCAGAAACACGGUGCCUUUUUUUACGUUCCUCACUCCUAACAGAGUCUGCUUUAUGAGGCUGCAGCAUUAGCAUCUCUGUUCUGUGGCCGUACACUCUCAAUCCACUCAUUCAACAGAAGACCACACAACAUCAGAUUGAACAUUUCUUUGACUGAAAUGAGCCGAUGACCAGAUCUGCUCAUCAUCUCACUGGAACAAUAGGAGCAGCUGACUGAAAGCGUUAUGUCUUGGACAAUGAAGGAUACAUCCACCAUCAUGUCGUCCUCAUGAGUAUCAGGAAGAGGCUCCUUGAAUGCUGUGAUUAGCUUUUAUAUCCACGUCCUCAGCGGUCCAAAUUUGGACUGAAAAGGGAAAGUUAAAUGCUGUUCUGUGCACUGAUCUUCAUGAAUACCCAGAGGUUUUUGUGACUUAUUUUGUCGUCUUUUACAAGCACAUACAUAUUGCCAUUGCGUGUUUCUCAUCUGCAGCCUGCCACAUUACAGUAUCUUGCCUUACUGGUGGACACUUGGUGCUACAGUGCUACAUAUUGAAAUCCCCCUGAGUUAGGGCAGACAUUGAGUUGUUUUGCUGUCGUUGUGGAUGAGGAAACCCACUGCUGAAGAACCUCAGCCAUCAAGUGCACUUUAUCUGUCCAGAGACCUUUUAACAUGGGACACCACACUGCAGACCUGGACAUUAAAUUUUCAUAUUAUUUAAUAAUGAUAAGAACUGUCCUUAUUUUUACCUCUGGAAGAAGUAUAAAAUCCUUCACACUAUGAGCAGCGGUCCUUCAAAGUCUCAUUUUGAACAUUACCUGUAAACUCCAUAAGUGCAUGGAUGUGUGUCCCUCAUACAGUCCUCUGAGAAAAACCUUUUGCUGUUGCCAUCAGAAAUUGAACCUAUAAAUUGAAAGUGGGAGAGUGCUGGACUCUAAUAAAGCAAGGGAUGUAGUUUUAGCUGCGCUCCUGGUUUGAGUACAGCUGUCUGAGUGAUGGAGGAGUGCGGCUCAGGUCAAGGUGCUGCUGGUUUAGGGGCUUAAGUACCUGUUUGUGUAGUGGACAAAAACCCAUCGCAUGUGGUCAUAGAUAUUACAACUGCUGUCUGUGGAUCCUGAAAAAAAGGAAAAAAGAAAAAAAAACAACAACAGGAAACUGUGUACAUUUUUUGAAUGGUCAGUUAUUUGGAAACUGAGGUCUAUCAUGAAAUAAAUAUUUCUUUUUUGCCUA